AUGGUCCCAAUCUCAGCAGCAUCAUAUGUCCCAAAAUCUAGCUCUUGCCUGCUGUACACACUGAUCAUCUCCACUGAUAGGCUCCUUAUUUUUCCAGGAUGGACCCAGUCCCAACAGCACCAUGGUUUCCCAAAGCCUAGCUCUAGACUGGUAUCCACUCAGAUUAUUUCUACUGACGUCGUAUCACCUGAUACUGAAGCUUCUCAUAUGCUGAUGCAAUGGGGUCAGUUUCUUGACCACGACAUCGAUUUCUCCUUGCCUGCUAUUAGUCACGAGAGCUUCGUGGAUGGUACCGACUGUAGCCGGACGUGCGAUUACUCACCGCCAUGCUUUCCUAUAGAAAUUCCACCAGGUGACAGACGGAUCAGAGGACACAGUUGUAUGGAGUUUGUCCGAUCCAGCGCCAUCUGUGGCUCAGGUGUCACUUCUGUGUUUCUUAAUGAAGUUAUGCCUCGAGAACAGGCCAAUCAGCUGACAUCUUUCAUCGAUGCUUCAAAUGUAUACGGGAGCUCAGAAAGGCUUUCUCAACACUUAAGGAAUCUUACAAACAAUCUUGGCCUACUCCGACAUGGUCCCUUGAUGCAGUCUGGAAAACCACUAUUGCCAUUUAACGAUGGACAACCAAUAGACUGCCAGCGUGACCCAACUGCUAGUAACAUUGGCUGUUUCUUAGCUGGUGAUAUUAGGGCCAAUGAGCAGCUCGGACUCUUAUCGAUGCAUACAUUGUGGAUGAGAGAACAUAAUCGUAUAGCAGGUAAGGAUUAUCAAGCAUACCAUAAUCUCUCGCCACCUGUUUUUUCAAGAACACCGCAAGAUACUGAAGCCACAUUAGGAUCUAACAUUGAACUACCCUGUCAGGCACGAGGGGACCCAGAACCUCGCAUUACUUGGCGUAAAAACAGAAUUCCCCUGAACAUCGACAGCGACCAUUAUCGACUGAGUUCUCGGGGCGACCUCUAUAUGUUCAAUAUAGUCCAGGAAGAUCAAGGUUCUUAUGAAUGUAUCGCGGAAAAUGAAGUAGGACAUGCAGCUGUGUCCAUUCGUCUCUCGAUUAGAGCCGCUCCCUACACGACGUAUCCUGGGGACAGGUAUGUAGUUCCAGCUGUUGAAAACGCCAGGAGAGCUGUAGAAGAAGCAGUAAAUCACACUCUUCAUUAUCUGUUUAGUAGGGACCGAAACCGUACACCAAACCAUUUGCUACAGGUUUUCCGUUUUCCAUCACCAGAGGCAAGAGAUCUUGCCAAAGCUGCUGAGAUUUAUGAGAAGGCUUUGCUCAACGUUAGGGGGCGAGUGGAAGCCGGUGUAAAGUUAAACUUGACAGAAUUUCGUUACUCUGAAAUCUUGUCCCCUCACCAGAUGGAGCUACUAACUAAUCUUUCUGGUUGCCAAGCCCACAGACAAUCUCCCUCUUGCUCGAACAUGUGUUUCCACAGGAAAUACCGCACAUUCGACGGAAGUUGUAAUAACUUACAACAUUCUACUUGGGGUUCUUCACUAACUCCAUUCUUGCGACUCCUACCGGCGGUUUACGAAAAUGGAUUUAACACCCCAGUCGCUUUUCAACCCAUACCUGAAGGAAAUAUAGAACUUCAUCGAGCUUUCUUUGCUCCUCACCGAUUAGUAGAAGAAGGGGGGAUAGAUCCCCUCCUUAGAGGGCUCUUCUAUGCCUCAGCAAAGAUCAAGCGUCCGGACCAGCUUCUUAAUUCUCAACUGACAGAACAUCUGUUUGAGCUAGCUCACGAAGUGGCGCUUGACCUUGCUGCUAUGAACAUUCAAAGGGGGCGUGACCACGCAAUUCCGAGUUAUAACGAAUGGCGUAAAUUCUGCAACCUGAGCGUAGCGGAGAACUUUGAUGACCUGAAAAAUGAGAUAAAAGAUCAAGAAUUGAGAACGAAACUUCAAAACCUGUAUGGUCAUCCAGGAAACGUAGAUCUUUGGGUAGGAGGUCUCAGCGAAGAAUCGACAGAGGGCGCUAGAAUCGGGCCUACUUUUACGUGCAUCUUAGUUGACCAGUUUAAAAGAUUACGUGAUGGGGACAGGUACUGGUAUGAUAAUCCUGGAGUCUUUAGUCCCGACCAAUUGGUCCAGGUGAAACAAACAACCUUAGCACGUGUUAUAUGUGACAACGGCGACAACAUCACCCAUGUAACCAGGAACGUUUUUAUCGUCCCGGGUCUUCAAACUCCCCAGUUUGUAGAAUGCUCAGAAAUACCAAAGGUUGAUCUUAGGAUGUGGUCAGACUGUUGUCACGGCUGCGAGGACAGCGGAGACUUCAAUUCGGUAACAACUUUAAGUCGCCGCACCAGACGAUCUUUGGAAUAUAGUUAUCCAGACGAAAAACCGCUCAGUUUUAGAAUGAACAAGUUAGAUAAUGACGUCGUGUCAAUGACGACAGCAAACGCGACUGCUCACGCUCCUAGCACUGAAUCACAGAACAUCAUACAAAGAGAAACCGAUUUCGACGCAACCGAGGAAAGAAUCGAAGGACUGGAAGACCUUAUCCAUACUCUUGAACGUACUCUGCAUAAAUUAUAUCGCAAAGUAAGGCACUUUAAUUGUCGUUUAGUUCGUAAGUAGUGCCCAGAGUUACUG